CCCGAAAACUCGACAUGCGCACAAUGCAUAUCACGGCGCGUUUCAUUGAGACUACGAGACUGGUUGCAAAGAGUCUAUCUAGCUUCACACUUUCGAGUGGGUUCGAUUGGAAAUCACUCGUUCCUGUCUUUCCGGCCUAUAGGUUACCUUUGACUGUGUUUCCGUCAUGCAGCGUCACUUUCAGCAGAUCGUUCGGACCAUCGUUGGACAGAGCGUAGGCCAUAACCUCUCAGGAUGUUUACUACGGACUUGUCCGGCAGCCACGCAGAGACUGAGUAUCAUACGAAGUCAUUCCACUGAUCGCGGCAAAAGAUUGUGAAGGCCAUGACUGUAAAAGGAAAAUGUGCAGCAACACCGGAGUGCUGCUUUUCCGACAGCUCCUGGACUACAGGUCCUAUACUUACACUUACCUUCUAGCUGAUCCUGUGUCUCGAAGUGCUGUCAUCAUUGAUCCAGUUAUUGAUAUGGUUGAUAGAGAUGUUGCCCUGGUUCGUGAUCUCGGCCUUGACCUAAAAUUUGGAGUUAACACCCACGUCCAUGCAGAUCACAUCACAGGAACAGGUGAGAUAAAAAAGAGACUGCCCACCUGCAAAAGUGUGAUUGCAGGAGUCAGUAAAGCAAAAGCUGAUGUGCAAAUCAAAGAAGGGGACGUAAUUAAUUUUGGAUCAUAUUCCCUGGAAUGCUAUUACCCUGGACACACAGAUGGAUGCAUGUCAUUUGUUCUUCGAUCAGAGGCCAUGGUCUUCACUGGAGAUGCUUUGCUCAUACGAGGUUGUGGUCGUACAGAUUUCCAGCAAGGCGAUGCAGGCAAACUAUAUGAUUCAGUCCAUGGCAAAAUUUUGUCUUUGCCUCCACAUUUCAAAGUCUUUCCUGGUCAUGAUUACACAGGCCAGAUGAUGAGCACUGUUGGGGAGGAACUUAAGUAUAACCAGCGUCUAACACGACCUCGUAGUGAAUUCAUCCAGAUAAUGAAGAAUCUAAAGCUUCCCUAUCCUAAACAGAUUGACAAGGCUCUUCCUGCUAACAUGGUUUGUGGAGUCUAUGACUUUGAUACACCAGCUUCUCAGUGAAUUUUCAAGUUUUCUGAGCAUUUCAUUUUGAUAUUUGCAUUUUCCCUGAGUCUUUAAGUCUAUAAAAUAAUAGGUGGUCUGUGUGUGUGUGUGUGAGAGAGAGAAAGCUGUAGGGCUGCAUAUCUAGAUCUGUGUGUCUGUGAGUAAAAUAUGUUUGGAUUUUUAUCAUUGAGGUCUUAUGUGCAUCAUGUUGACACAUAAGAAUUCGACUCCGUUUUAUGCCAGUGUAGAAGACAGGCCAAAAUAUAAUGGCUAAUAAAUAUUGUUUACAUUACUAAUAGCAGAACUGCCAGUAUAUUUUGUAAAAAUGUGUAUCUUGAAAAUUUUGUUUUUUACAAGUGAUAUAAAUUGCUUUUAAGGCUUGAUACUUGUCGUGACUUUACCUGUUAUGAGUUUCACAAAUAUGUGAUAGCUCAAUUCUUAGUUUAUCAGCUGUUGAACAUUUUUUUUAUACAUAAAUUUCUACAUUUUGUCUUCAAAGAUUAUUUGUAUGAUUUCAUGAUCUGAUAGCUUCUGUGAUUUUAAAUCUUUAUAUGAAGUAUAACUUCUGUACCAAACUUAUUUCAAGGUUUUGAUAAUCUUUGUAUAUACUUUAUUUGUGCUUAAUAAUUAUAAUAGAUUUAUAUAAAAAGUACAACUUACUGGACUUGUAGAUUUAAAUCUAUGGUAGCACAUUACGGCAAGUGGGACAUUUUCUAGGUGACAUAUCGCUAAACCGAGCAUCUCACACAAAUCUUAGUGUCUGUCGGUAUAUUAAUAUAUAAAAUAGUUGUUUUCAAGUUUUUGUUAUUGAGAUCCCUUUUGAAUCAUUACUGCUGGCUAUUUACUUUCAUUUAUAUAUAUAUAAUAUUCGAACUAUUUUGAAAUAUAUUCAAUGCUGACGAGCUUCUUUUAAUUUUUUUAAAAAAAAUAUUGCUUAGAACUUUUGUCAAUGUAUCCUGAGAAAUGUACUGCAACACAAAGUGGUAUUUAAAAAUUGCAUUUAUGUAUUAAGUUUCAUUUUUGCAUCUUGAAGUUGUUUCCAAAUUCACUCAUGAUGUUAUCUUGUUGAGAGUGCAUUGGUGCGAAAUGGCAGAUUUGUGAGCUUCAGAAGCUCUAAUGAAAAGAAUAAAAAGAUGUCAUAUUUUA